AUGCUCAGAACACUAGCCAGAGAGUUCAAGCUCACAACCCUUACCAAUGGUUUGCUUCAAAAACGCAGCAGAUUCUAUGCAACGGUUGGUGGAAGAAGCAGGCUAGAGGGAAAAGUAGCACUUAUAACAGGGUCAGCAAGUGGACUUGGCAAGGCCACAGCCCAUGAAUUUGUCCAACAUGGGGCCCAUGUAAUCAUUGCUGACAAAGACACUGAACUUGGGUCACAAGUUGCAAAAGAAUUGGGCCCUUCAGCCCACUUUGUGGAAUGUGAUGUCACUGUUGAGGCCCAAAUAGCAGAAGCUGUAGAUGUAGCCAUGACCCACUAUGGCAAACUGGACAUCAUGUACAACAAUGCUGGCAUAACAGGCCCAAUAUUCCCACCAAGCAUCUCAGAGCUAGACCUUGAUGAAUUUGACAAGGUCAUGAGGAUUAAUGUCUGGGGAAUGAUUGCAGGUAUAAAGCAUGCGGCCCGAGUGAUGAUACCCAUGGGCUGUGGGUCCAUUCUAUGUACAUCCAGCAUAAGUGGGCUCAUGGGUGGGCUUGGGCCUCAUCCAUACACAAUAUCAAAGUUUACAAUACAAGGGAUUGUGAAGUCUGUGGCUAGUGAGCUAUGCAGAGAUGGAAUCAGAGUCAAUUGCAUAUCCCCAGCUCCAAUUCCUACACCUAUGUCAGUGGCCCAAAUAGGGAUCAUUUAUCCUGGUUUAACCCAAGAACAAGUAGUGGGCAUUGUGAAUGGGCUUGGUGAGCUCAAGGGGGCCCAGUGUGAGGACAUUGAUGUGGCCCGGGCUGCAUUGUACUUAGCAUCUGAUGAAGCAAAGUUUAUCUCAGGCCACAACCUCAUUGUGGAUGGAGCAUUCACCUGCUUUAAAAAUCUUAGGUUCCCUUCUCCAGAUCAAACUGCCUAA